AUGUACAACACCAUACAUAUGCUUAAAGAUAAUCAAGGUAAUUGGCUGGAAAAUAUAGAUCAAGUCCUUCACCUCCUUGCUGAUCAUUCUAAAAAAAUAUUUGCUUCUUCUAUGCCGAGCAACUCUGAUAUUGAUGAUGUGCUUAUGGAUAUCAAGCCUAUCAUUUCUGAUGAUCUCAAUUCUGAGCUUGUUGCUAUACUUUCUGAGAAUGAGAUAUUUACAACCGUUAAAAAUAUGGCGCCUUGGAAAUCCCCCGGACCUGAUGGUUUUUUGGGUGGGUUCUUCAGGGAUAAUUGGGAUCACAUUUCAACUGAAGUUAUUAAUCACUCUGCAUUUAUAGCUAAUAGGAAAAUACAUGAUAACAUCAUCAUUUGUCAUGAAAUUCUGCAUUCCUUUAAAACUAGAAAGAGGAAAAAUAACAAAGAUGGUUUCAUGGCUAUUAAGUUAGAUUUGUCUAAAGCCUUUGAUAGGCUGGAAUGGCCAUUCGUAAUUGUUGUGUUUAAAAAACUGGGUUUUUCGGAUGACUGGUGCCAGCUUAUUCACCAAUGCAUUAUCAUUGUCUCUUAUUCUAUUCUUGUGAAUGGAUCUCCAGGGGAAAUGUUCUCUCCUUCUAGAGAUGACUGCAUGCUCUUUUCAAAAGCUUCUCUUGUUUAUGCUAAGAAUUUAAUGAUAAUUAUUAAUAAGUUUGCUAAGGCUUCUGGGCAGGCCAUUAAUCUUGAAAAAUCUGGUUUCUUUACGAGUAAAAAAAUGUAUCAUAAACAUAUCAAAUUAAUCUCUAAAGCUUUAGGAAUUAAAUUUCUAAGUAGUACAGAGAAGUACCUUGGAAAAUCCAAAAUUUCUGGUGGUCUGGGUAUUAGGAAUUACUUUUCUACUAACAGGGUCCUUAUUGCAAAACUGGGAUGGAGAAUGUGUAAAAAUCCUUCUCAGCUGGUGAAUGAUGGUAAGUCUACAAAGAUAUGGAAUCAUAAUUGGUUGCCUAGUUAUACUUGUCCUCCUUCUUCGAUUAACUCUGAUUAUGAAAAUUAUGUUUAUGUCAAUGAGCUUAUUAAUCAUCAUGAUAACAACUGGAAUAUUAAUAUUCUUUCUUCGCUCUUCUCCCCUAAAGAUUCUAUUAGAAUUAGAUCUCUUAAGAUAAAUGUUUAUAAAUCAGAUGAAAUAAUGUGGGCGCACAUUAAUAAAGGUAAUUAUUCAGUUAAAUCUGCCUAUAAAGCUUUCAUGAAUGAGAAUGUCUCAACUGAUGAUGCUACUUUCUGGAAAAGGAUAUGGUCUAUUGACUGUUUACCUAAAAUUAAAUUCUUCAUUUGGAAGAUAUUUGUGCGUAUGCUACCUGUUAAUUCCCUUAUCAAGUUUUAUAAUCCUGGUAUUGAUGAAUGUUGUCCGUUAUGUUCUAAUGAGGUUGAAUCUGUCAUGCACUUAUUUAUUCAAUGCCCUAUAGCAUCUCAUAUUUGGUUUUCCCUCUCCUUUCAUCAUCUUAUUGCGGGUGACUAUUAUUGGAUUGAUGAUAUUUGCUUGUCUUGGUUUGAUAAAAAAUUGGAUUGUUAUCCUUAUGUCGUGAAUUGGCCGAGUAUUGGUGAUGUGGUUUUAUGGUCAAUAUGGAAGCUUAGAUGUCAUGUUAUUUUUAGAAAGGCUCCUAUUCAGCAUAUUAAUCAUAUUUUCUUCAUUGGUGGCUCCUUCAAGAACUUUAACAUGGGUAUCGGUUUGAUUCUGUGUGACAAUGCAGGAAGGAUAAAAGGUUGUAGAGCGGAUUUUGGUUUGAUUCAUGGUGCUGUUGCGGCUGAGGCAAUGGCCCUAAUUUUGGCUUGCUCUUGGGUGGGUGAGAUGAAUCUCUCCAGAGUCCUCUUCAUCAGUGACUGUCUUCAGUUAGUGGAUCUGGUUAAUCAAGGAAAGGGUGAUAUUGACUGGAGAAGUCAAGACUUAGUAGAAGAUUGUCGGAUUUCUUUUUCUAGUUGUGUGAACUCUAGGAUAGUUUUUAUUAAGCGUUCUAAGAAUAAGAUAGCUGAUCGACUUGCACGUCGAGCUAGAUAA